UCCAAAGCUGGGCUGGGUUGGGCAGCAAGACAAUGAGAAGCCAUAGACUUUGAGAGAGAUAGCGGUAGCAACAGCAGAGACCCCCGCGCGAGUGCAGCCACCGCCGCCUGUAUCCUCGCGUGCUGAAAGUCCACCCUCCGGGCCCGAAAUGGAGAGCUAGUACAUUGCAGCGACCAUGAGCAGCAGCGCCAGCCAUCACUGCCUCUUCAUCCUCGGGCUGCUGCUGCUCUCCGUGCGGUCUACCGGUGGGGCGGCUACUUUGCAAGAUCUUGGAGUGCCAACGGAGAGCAGCGCCCAGGAAGUGCUAAUAAAAGUGCAAGUGUUUGAUAAUAGUAACUUAUCACCGCUGGGCAACACCACUGUGCAUGUGUAUGGGAGGCGGAUCCCACUGGCAUCAGGAACAACAGGCAGUGAUGGAGGUGUGACUCUCAGGUUCCAGUACCGACCAGGCACGUGGAUUAUAGUGACUGCUGUUAAGCAUGGAUUUGUGACAAACUCAGCACCCUGGCACGUCAACAGGCUGCCGUUGUAUGCUUCAGUGAGUCUUUACCUGCUGCCUGAGCGACCCGCCACCCUCAUUCUGUAUGAAGACAUUGUUCAGAUCCUGCUUGGGUCCCCAGGUUUAAAAAGCCAACCUUGGGUACAGUUCCAGCGUCGGGCAGUACGAUUACCCCAGAAUUCUACGUACAGCCAACUGUCUGCUUUUCUGACUGCUGCUACAAGUGAAUAUGAGAUUGGAGGCUUCCCAUACCUAAUAGGACAAAAUGGUGAUGGCACAGGUAACGGCUCGUGGAUGGAGCUUACUCCCGUGGCAGCAGUCAGCAUUCAUUUGUUUGCCGGGAAUGGGUCUGAGGUCCAUUUUGUUGGUCCUGUUCACGUUUCUGUCCCUCUGCCCAGUGACAGCCCUGUUAUGGUGGCCACCAGUGUUCCAGCAUGGCGAUUUGACACCAAGACAGGGUUUUGGGUGAGAAAUGGGUCUGGUAUGAUAAAAAAGGAGGAGAAGGUUCUCACCUGGAAUUACGUAGCACCUCAGCUUGGCUGUUGGGUGGCAGCUGUGCCCGCAUUUACAACAGGGAUGUCGGUAAGCUCCUCAGGACUACGUGACUUCAGCGCCUAUCACACCAUCUUCCUGCUGACGAUCUUGGGAGCCAUGGCUCUGCUUGUCCUCAUCUUACUCUGUUUACUACUCUACUACUGCAGGAGGCGAUGUCUGAAACCCAGACAGCAGCACAGAAAACUACAAUUGCCAUCUCCUGUAGACAGCUGCAAGAAGGACCAGGGUACCUCCAUGUCCCAUAUUAACUUAAUCAGCAACAGCCAGAUAGAGACUGCAUCAUCCAACGGGGAUACAGAUGUUCACACGCCAAUUCUAAAAUCAGCAUUUUCUACUUCCAGAGAAUUUGAAAGCUCUCGAGAAGAGUUUUUCAAGCAGAUACCCAGCCAAAAGGCGAGACAUCAUAACAAGAAAGACACACAGUCUCAGCGGGCAGGGUCCAAAGAAGAAUAUCAGAGAUCAGUGGAAAGCUUUCCACUGAAGGCCGCACGGUCUGUGGAUGUUCCAGGCUCUCAUGAGCCACCUCUGCUGGAAGAUUAUAAAAGAAGUUACAGUUCAAUGGUUUCCCAUCAAACAAUGGAAGACAAAAGCACAGAAACUCAUUGGAGACAUGCUAAGAAUGAAAGCAAGCCUUACACACAAGAGCCACCUUCACCGCCACCACUGCCACCACCUUUUGAACACUAUAUGGGACACAAAGUGGAGAAUAAACCCUCAGAAUACAUGAUGUCUCAGUCAGUUGAUCAUCUGGCUAGGCCAACGUCACUUUCACAACCGGGGCAGCUCAUUUUCUGCAGUUCCAUAGACCAGAUGCAGGAGAACAUGUACCGGAAUGUGCCGACACUAGUCAUACCUGCUCAGUAUGUGAGACUGGCUAGUAACUAUGCUUCUGGGGACCAGGCUCUGGGAGUACCAUCUGAGCAAAAGCAGGAAAUGGAAGGGGCUCAAAGCCAAGGUAGCAUGACAUUGCCUCACCAGUUUGGGCCUCAAGAGAGAGAGCGGCAGCAACAGCAGCAGCAGCAACAGUUUCAGCAAAUGCAGCAAACCAUACCAGAAAAUGAGGACUGUAGCAGCAAAUGGGGUCCUCACACUGGUGGCUCCGUGACUUUUCCUGUUCUGUUUAAUGAGUCCACAAUGGCACAACUUAAUGGAGAACUUCAGGCACUUACAGAAAAGAAACUUUUGGAACUUGGGGUCAGGCAGCACCCAAGAGCUUGGUUUGUGUCCUUGGAAGGUCGUUCAAAUUCUCAAGUGAGGCAUUCUUACAUUGACCUUCAGACCAGUGAGAAAAAUAGGAGCAACGAUGCAAGUCUGGACUCUGGGGUAGACGUCAAUGAGCUCAAACCGAACAAAAGGAUGAGGGAGGAACGAGAGAAGGCAAGACCGGGAAAUAUUGCUUACUCAAAGCUGGCCUAUGUGGAUGACACUGAACAAAGUAGCAGUGAGAGCCGUACAGCAGUGUGCUCCCCAGAAGAUAAUUCACUGACACCUCUACUGGACGAAAAUGUGGAUCAGAGGGCUACUAUACCUAGGAGAGGCCGAAGUCGUGGAAAUAGCUCCCGAAGCAGCAACAGUGAAACCCGUAGAGAUUCUAUGACCAGCCCAGAUGAAGAGCUGAAUGACCAGUCUGAGGGAGGAGAUGACCAAGGAGAAAAUAAAAAAAGUCCAUGGCAAAAGCGAGAGGAGAGACCAUUAAUGGUUUUCAACAUGAAGUAGCAGUUUUUACCCCCACAAAAUCAUUGUUUAACAGCACAAGUCAUUAGAUUUGUGAAGUAUUAAGCCAAAAGUGGUUGUUGUCACUAGUAGAAAGUGAUCCCUUUCUUGUUCUCUUGAACAAAGUGGCUGAAAAUGCAUUACUGGAAACCCAACUCAAACCUGCUGACCAGCUCUAAAGAGCCACAGAUCAUUUUUUUCUGUUUUUUUGUUUGCCCCAGGUAUAAGUUUGGGCAGACUCAGCUCUUUCCAGAUGAAAUGGACACCAGAAGCUAUUUCAGGGCAGAUGAUUUGAGAAGAAAAUGUUACACAAGCCCUUAAAAGACAUGCUUUUUCUGUUUUUCUAAAUUGUGAUUCUCUUUUGGAAGUUGCAGUGAUGUUCAAGAGGCAGGGUAGCUCAUUUUAUGUUUUUUUUUUUUAACACAAAAGAAGAAAAGCUGAAUGAUAAAUUGCUUAUUAUUUACAACUAUUACUUGUCUGGAAGUGUUCCACUGUAAAGGAAAAAAAAUACUGUGAUUUUUUUUUUCCUACAAAAAUACAUUCCGACCUGAACACAUUUGUGCAAAAAGCACAGCCAUUUGAUCAAACUUUACCACAUGGUAUAUAGUAAACGUAGAUAGUAUUCCAUCCACAGAAUAAAAGUUCACUACAUCAGCAGUACUGUUAGAUGUGUCCAUAGUCCUUGGAAGUAGAGCAAUGUCCAGAGUGCAGGUAAUGAGAUUUCUGUCCCCCAGACCUGAAGUGUGGAAUGCUUGGAGAAUGAGACCUUCUAUAUAACAGACAGUUUAUCAGCUGUGGUGUACACUCACACCUGUGCAUGUAGUGACAAGAGUUUGGAGCUGGACAGUUAAUGGACUGUACAUAAACCAGCAGCAUAAGUUUUCGUGGUGGGGUAAAAACCCUAACACUGCUUCUCUAGUUGGUGGUCUUGUAAAUGACACAUUAACACAGGACAGAGACCUCAGUUAAAUUAAAAAUGCCUGAAGCUGUAAAAUUAGCAACCACUUCUUGUGUGGUCAUCAAAACAGCCCAUGUUAUGGUUUACUCAGGAACACAGGAGAAGCGUGAAAGUGCAAAGAACCAAACUGGAAUACUCAUCUUGAAAUGCUGGGGCUUUAUUAAAAUAAAUGUGAAUAACGUAUAAGAAAAGUGAUGGUUUCAGUAUAUAUCUCAGCAGAUGAUGACUGGAGUAAGUUUAGAUGCCUCCACUGUGCCAGCGUUCGCCCAUCACACUUUCAAACAAAAUGUUAUUUGUAUUCCUGUACUUUAUUUAAUUCUAUCAUUUUUUUACAUCAUGGGACCUUGACCACUUGCCAGAAUAGUCACGGCUACUGCUUUUGCUGGUGUCCCUUAUGAGAAGGAAAACGACAUCUGCAGAACCUUGUUAUAUGUGAGGGAUGGAAAUAAGGCCAUUUGAUUCUCAACUGUGAAGCUGCUGUUGGGUUCUAAAUUUGGAUGAGGAGGGAACCUCUCUUUUACAUGCAAUGUGGCACAUCUCUAGUUAUGGAGAGUGAGGACCCAGAAAAUCUUGAGUGCAAAGGGAGGGGAUUUGGACUUUUUUAUUGAAAAAUUCUAGGUAGUAUUCCAUAUGUAACAGCAAAGGCACAACCCAGAAAUUAACUAGCAGUACAAUAAUUUUUUUUAAUCAAAGUAAUACUGACCUCAAAAAUUCUGUGGAAGUACUGAUUUUCUUAGCAUAGUAGAGAUUAUCUUUGCUAGAAAACUACACAUAACAGGUAGCUGAAAGUUGAAAGGCUGUUUUUUUUUGAAGCUGGUAUGCAAUUUUGUUUGUGCAUUUUAUGUUGCUCCAAAAGGAACUAACAGCAGAGGAGAAUAUGAUGUAUCAAAAGGAUGCUGAGAUUCAAGAGAAAGGACAAAAUGCCCUAUUGUGUGUCUUUUAAGAAUAAUGUGAAAAGGUGUGUGCAUGCCUCACGCAGUUACAGUAGAUAUCCAUACAUGCACAAAUACUGAAUAAAUUGUACAGUAGCUA